UCCAGCAGUCCCUGCAAUGGAAGACCACUCGCUGAUCUCCGGUCCGUCGGUUCAGAAACCGGGAAUCCUGUCCAUCCUUGGCUUCUGUCUCUCACUCUUUUUCAACCGCUGGCUCUCCUCCGCUUCUCCGCUGCACAGGCGCACUCGUUGCCUUGCCUCCAGAGGCACGCGCCCACAAACAAGCCUUCGCCAAACCGACCAAGUGCAAGGUGUGUGUGUCUCCUGGUGAUAUAUCUUUGUGCAACAAUAUCUUAAUAUAGAUGGAAUAUCUUUCGUCUGAAAGUCAUCUAUUCACAACAUAAACACAUUGAUAUUCCAUACAGAUAGGUUUGAUAGUUUUGAGUCUGAACCGCGGUCAGAUAGUGGCUACUAAAGAUCUACUAGUCUACGCUGGGACACGACAGGGUUUGCUGUGCCCUUAGUGGUGGUUUACGGAGUGGUUGUCUUGACAACAAGGGGAAAGUUUUGACUGGGGACCAGAAGAAGAAUGCCCCCAAAGAAGAAGGGGGGGUUCGGGGGGUAAGCAGGAAGGAGGAGGAAUUGAAGGCCCAGAAUGCCCAGGCUUAGACAAAGAGGCCCAGUUACAGAGAGAGUAUGACCUUCUGACAGAAACUCUGGCCAGUCUGAAGAGGAAGGUGGAGCAGCUACGGUGUGAAAAUGAGUUCCUGCAGACGGAGACCAACCAGACACGUGCAGAGAGCCAAGAGUACAUGUCCUACAUGUCUAAAAGGACCCACAAGCGCCAGACGGCCAUCGUCACCCUGAGCGACCAGAACCACGCAGAGCUGGAGGCCCUUAAGAAGCAGAGGGAGGAGGCUCUGGCCAUGUACCAGGAACAAGCCAAUGACUUGAGGAAGGAGAUCCUGGAGAGGGAGAAUGAGCUGGCUCUGCUCAACAUGGAAAUAGCAGAACUCAGAGAGUUUAAGAGCCUGCAGCAGCAGCAGCUGGGCCGCAUAGCCGAGCUGGAGAGAGAGGGCAGCAGCAUGCGGUGCCUCCACUCCGAGUCCCUGCAGGCCCUGAAGGUCCACUUCCUGUCUGAGAAGGAGCGCUACGAGCGCCAGGUCAAACACAGGGUGCAGGCCCUCACUCUGGCCGCUAACAGGGAGGCGUCUCGCUGCCUCCACACCCACACCAGGGAGGUGUCUGAGGAGAACCAGCGGCUGCGGUCUGAGCUGCUGGUUCUGAUCAGCCGCGCCCAGGCCCUGAGGGCCCGCCAGGAGCAGCUGCAGGCCCAGCGCCAGGCUCUGCUGAUGGAGAGGGAGUACGUCAGGGAGCUCCAGCGCCUGCGGGCCGCCCCGCUGCAGUACCACCUGCAAACACAGGGGGGCGCCACCACACCUGAGGCUAAAGACACACACAGGCACUGACGCCUGAAGGAGGGAUCGUUUCUCAGGGUUUGGGAUGCUUGUCCUCUCUUGAAGAGCGGCUCUGGGUUCAAACAGUAGAAAUACCAGGAAGUCAUUAAACUGGUUAGAGCUGGUCCACCUCUCUGACUCUCCUUCUUACCCUCUCGUUAUCUGUCUCCACUUCUCCUUGUCUGCUUUCCAAAAUUGUCACUCG